CUCUAACAAGAAAAAUCCUCAUCGUCAUCGUCCCUGCCAUUUUGCAGUCAAUGAUUGUUAUCUGUUUCCGUCACUUUUUCAGACUCUUUGAUUGAUAACCAGUCUUUGUUUCAGAAAAAAAAACACUGGGUGGUAUAUGAGCAUUAACACGAACUUCCCAUUCUAGUCAUACUCUGUUCUUGCUUACUUUUUUGUUCUCUGCUACGUUUUGGUUUCAGAGUCUCUGGCCUUUUUUCCGUGUUGGGAUCACCAAAUUAUUCUCUGCAUUUCACGGAUCUGAUAUUUCGUAUCUGAGAGAGAACUAAAUUUCUUCGUCUCUGCUAUUUUGAACUGAAUUAGGGUUGCAUAUCGAGUUUCGGAAGUUCCUCUCUGCUAUUUACUGUUUUAACUGAAGAUCAUAUUUCUGGAAGUAAAAAACAAAUGGGAAAAAGUGGGAGAGAUUGGACACAGAUCUACGCAAUCUACGGCAUGGACGACUGGCAAACCCCAAUCUUCCUCCUAAUCCACGCCAUAAUCUUCUCAUCUCUCUCCAUAAUCUUUCUCCACUACUUCAACCCCAUCUGCUCCUCCAUCGAAUCUCUCUUCCCCACCCUCCCAACCGCCGCCUCCCGCUUCGCCGCCGGCUUCACCGGCUCCGUCACCGCCCUCUCCGCCGUCUGCCUCUUCUUCGCCGCCGCCAACAUCACCUACUCAGCCGUCUCCCUUCGCUGGGACAUGGCCCAGCGCAUGCUCUCCGCCGUCCCAGACUGGUCCACCGUCAAACACGCCCUCGACGUCGGAUGCGGCCGCGGCAUCCUCCUCAAUGCGGUCGCGAUGCAGCUGAAAAAGGAAGGGAGUUCGGGCCGGGUCGUCGGGCUCGACAUGAGGAAAACCGCCUUGUCGACGCUCCGAACAGCAAGAAUCGAAGGGGUUCAGGAGUACGUCACUUGCCGGGAAGGUGACGCAAGGAGGCUGCCGUUUGGGGAUAAUUGCUUCGACGUGGUGGUGUCGGCGGCGUAUGUGCAUAAGGUGGGGAAGGAGAUGGGGAAGAAGACGGCAGCGGCGGCGGCGGAGAGGAUGAGGGUGGUGGGGGAGGUGGUUAGGGUUUUGAAGCCAGGUGGAGUUGGGGUUGUGUGGGACCUGGUCCAUGUGCCGGAGUACGUGAUGAGAUUGAGGGAGAUGAAGAUGGAGGAGAUCAGGGUGUCUGAGCGUGUAGCGGCUUUCAUGGUCAGCAGUCACAUCGUAUCGUUUCGCAAACCCAGUCAUCACAUGGUGGGCUCCUCCGGCGAAGUCAGGCUUGAUUGGAGAUUUUGAAUUAAAAAAAAAGUGAAAAUAAUAUUUUAUUUUUUAUUUUGUAUUUUGAGGUGGAGAAGAAUCUGGGGAGACGAAGCCGAACCAGUGCCCUUGUUUGGAAGAUAAAAUUUUUAAGUUUGUGUUUUAAAAAAUAGAAAAAGCAUAGUUAUACAAUAUUAAUUCAUGAUGAGAAGAGAAUGUAUGUAGUAGUAAGAAAGUAAUAAAAUGAAAAUUUGUGACU